CUACUACGAGCUGACCUGGUUGGCGGCAGUGUUUGUGCCGGUGCAGCGUCGUAAGCAAACUCGCCAGAGCGGAUCGUUCGACCAUCGUUCCUCCCUUUUCGUUCAACCGCGUUCUUUCCUCGGCACGUUUCUCCCACAGAGAGGUAGAGAGAAUACAUAGAAGCACGUCACGCCGCGCUACGGGUCGCAGAGAAUCGACCAAGGAAUCCGACAAUUUGAGAGCAGUCGAGGCACGAGAAGCGGUAGGGACAAGCCGUGUUUUAAAGGCGAAGAAACGUAAACGAGAAGGAUUUUUGCUGUAAUUGAAGAUUUCCAUCGAAAGCAUGAGUAAACAGUAUACGAGGAGCGAAGUUGCUAGCCUCAACUGCAAGGAUAAGACGUUGAUAAUCAUACACGACCAUGUGUACGAUCUGACGAAAUUUUUAAACGAACAUCCAGGUGGCGAGGAGGUUCUAUUGGAUCACGGUGGCAAGGACGCUUCCGAGGACUUCGACGACGUGGGUCACUCUAAAGAUGCAUUGGAUUUAAUGAAGAAUUUUAAGGUCGGCGAAUUGGUCGAGGCAGAAAAAAACGGCAGCAUGCCUAAGCAGACGUGGCCGGCGGGUUACUCGAAAGAUAGCCAAAACAAACAGGAUCAAGGAAUAUCGCCUAUGUUGUGGGUUGGUGGCCUAGUCGUCAUAAUGGCCAUCGCGUACUUCGUGUACUUAUAAUUUCGAUAGAUAAGAUACGUGUUCUAUCGCGAAGAAAAGAACGAGAGUGCUAGAGAAAAUCGCCGUUCCGCGUUAACGUGUAUAUGAGACUACUGUGACUAUCUUCUUUCUUUUUUUUCUUUCUUUUUUCUUUUUUUUUUUUUAACGUUACACGUCGCUGCAUUACAACGUUCGAAUGCUGAGUGAGGUUGAAUAGAAUUCUGCAAUGUAUUUAAAGAAACUUGUCCCGUCCAACUCUUGUAACCGAUGGACAUAACGAUGAAUCGCAAGAAUGUUACCUACCUAAGGAUUUUGGAUUUCUACUUGUAAAAUAGAAUAGAAAUAAGCCCUCGUAAUUUUCCCACGAAUCGUUUUCAAAGUUCCUCUUUAAAUCGUUUUCCUGUUAUCUUUUAUGCGCAUGUUUUAAAAAAAUAAAUCCCAUUUUUCUAUA